AUGGAGUUAGUCUGGCACAAACAGGUACCUCUAAAAGUUACAGCCCUUGCUUGGCGGUUGAUAAGGGAUCGUUUACCUACUAAAGCCAAUUUGACAAAUCACGGCAUUUUACCGAUGGAGGCUAGGCUUUGUGUCACGGGAUGUGGGCAUGUUGAAGAUGUGUCUCAUUUGAUUUUGUCUUGUCCAUUCUUCGGUGCUUUGUGGCCUAUGGUGCGGGAUUGGCUUGGUGUAGAAGGGGUAGAUUCUCAUGCUCACUUGGAUCAUUUUAUGCAAUUUAUUCAAUAUGCUGGUGCCUUGAAAUCGCGUCGAUCUCUCUUCCACUUGAUUUGGCUUCAGUGUGUUUGGGUUAUAUGGAAUGAACGGAAUGACAUGUUGUUUCGUGGCCGUAAUGGUUCUCUACCACAAUUGUUAGAUAAAGUAAAAUCAAAUACCCUGGUAGCUGAAAGCUAG